CAUCAGUCCUGCGAGCACAACGGUUCAAUCCACUGCAUCACUGGGGCCUCCUUUGUGCUUGGAUGAAAAGGAGUCACGCAGGCGCCUGGGCUGCAACAGCCCGACCGCUAGGGGUCGCUGGAGAGCAGCGUGGUCUGAGCGCGGAGGGUGUCGCGGGGCGAUGACGCACGUCCGUGGGCCUCAGCCUGGGGAGCGGGAUGGCGCCCCGGUCGCGGCCUUGGCGUGAGGCGGCGACGGUGCUGCUGGCGGCCGGGGGCGGCGCUGGCGGGGCCUCUCCGCGCGGCUGCGACUACCGGGUGCUGCUCCUCCGCCGGAGCCCCCGCAGCGCCUUCAUGCCGAGCGCGCACGUCUUCCCGGGCGGCGUGGCGGACGCGGCGGACUUCUCCCCGGAGUGGUGGACGGUGCUGCCGGGCCCGGCGCCGUUGUGCGGCCUCCGCCCGAAGAGAGGCCCAAGGGCGCCGCUCUUCGCCGCCGAGCGCCCCGAGCUGGGCCAGGCCUUGCCCGGAGACCUGGCCUUCCGCCUCUGCGCCAUCCGGGAGACCUUCGAGGAGGCCGGCCUGCUCCUCCUGGCCGAGCCGGACCAGGCCCAAGCCGCCAUCGAGGCCUUCUCAUCUUCGGAAGGGCCGGCCCCGUGCGUGCUUCCCCCGGAGCGGCUCCCGCUGCCGGGCCCGGAGCUGGCCGAGUGGCGGCGGCGCGUGCAGAGGCAGCCGAGCCUCUUCCUGGCGCUGUGCCGGCGCCUGGGCCUCGUGCCCAACAUCUGGGCCCUGAGCGAGUGGAGCAACUGGCUCACGCCCCGCGCCCUGGCCGGGAAGGGCGGGCGGAGGUACGACACCGCCUUCUUCCUCUGCUGCCUCGCCCACGCGGCCCCCGAGCACCCCCACGGCGCCCACGAGCCCGACGGAGACGGAGAGGUCACCGCCUGCCAGUGGUCCUCACCCUCAGAAGCUUUUGAACUGUUUAAGUCUCAAGACAUCUGGAUAGCACCACCACAGUUCUAUGAGUUAUGCAGACUUGGCAAUUUCUCAACACUUCAUGAUCUGCACACUUUUGGCUCUGAGCGAGCUUUAGAAGGAUGUGAACGCUGGAUGCCUGUUGUGUUGGUUGCUUCAGACGGCCAGAUACAUAUUUUACCAGGUGAUGAGCUAUACCCAGAAGACCCUGAUCUCACAGGAGAAAGGAAACCAGUUUUGACAUCCAAUAAAAAGAUCGAAGAACUAAUGAAAGGGGUGAAGAAACUUCAUCGAAUGGUGCUACGAGACCCUCGUAAUAUUAGUGUCCAUGUGAACAUCCAACAAAAAUACAAACAUAUCAAUCCACGACUUCUGGAUUCUAAAAAUGGAAAUGGUGCAGACUGUAAUAGCAAAUUAUAAUAUUUUUCUAUAUUAUUCUAGGUAUUGGUAUUACAAAAAUAGUUAAUAUAUUUUUAUAUAUGACAACCCAUAUGGCAGCUCAGGGUGCUUGUGCCAUUUUACUUAACAUGCCUCAAGCUUGCUGCAAAUGAUAUAGCCUUCAUUUUUCUGCUAAAUGUUUGUGCAAAUGUGACAAUUCUGGACCUUACUAAUUUUAACUUAAUUUAUACAUUUAUGUAUUGAGAUCACUAAAGUGCCAGCAUGGCAAUAUUUUGCCACAAACAAGGCCAUACAUCAGUAUCGGGAUAAGAUGAAAUAAUUUAGUAUCAAAAUAGUUCAAUAUCUUAAACUACGCUAGUUUUUAACUCAAAGUAUAGAGACACAUCAGCUUGUUAAACUCACUGUGUUCGUUCACAUUUGCUUUUAAGGAUUCCGAUCUUACAGAUCCAGUUAAGUUCAAUUGACUACUAUUGAUAUAAUACUCAGAAGUUCUACUUCUGAAACUGGAAAGCACUUUGAUGGACAUACGAACUUGUGUCAUACUGUCCGGUUGUGACCUUAUAAAGUGAAUAUUAUUUCAUGUUAUUUGUGCAAUAUUUUUAAUUCCUGUAUUUAUUCAAUAUUUCAAUUUCAGCAAUGCCAAAUUAUAUAUAUUGGAAAAUUAGCCAUUUGGCGUGACUCUUAAUUUAUUGUUUGCUUGAACAGUUGUUUAAAAAUAAAUAUUAAUUUUCAGUAA